AUGCGGAGGCAUAGUGUGUCCCGCGUCCUCAACUUCCUUAUAUGGUUAGCCUACUUAUCGGCCGACUCUGUGGCCAUUUUUGUUCUUGGACAUCUCGCGGUCCAUGCAAGCGGCUCACACCAUCUUCUUAUCUUCUGGGCGCCAUUCCUCCUCCUCCACUUGGGAGGGAAAGACACUAUCACUGCCUUCUCCACGCAUGAUAACGAGCUCUGGCGACGCCACUUGUUAGGACUGGUCACACAAGCAUCUGUGGCUGGCUACGUCAUCUCAAUAUCAUCUUGGCAAGACAGACUACUCCUAGCUGCCACAGUGCUCAUGUUCCUGUCUGGGAUUUUCAAGUACAUCGGGCUUAUCGGCUCGUUGUUGUUGCUUUCCUUCGUUGUCAGUGAAGAUUUGGAGGAGCUUGUCCUUGGCAAGUUGAUAGACUUGGGAAUGGGGGAUAAAAAAUGUUGGAACUUUGCUAGCUUCCGGGGACAGAUAGCGCUCCGGAGGUGGACUGCUAUGUGCACGAUCAUUGAUAGUGCUGACCUGCCAACAAGUGUGAUGAUCUGGCACACUGCAACAGAGUUAUGCUACUACGGAUAUGAUAGGAGCAAUAAUUAUCAUCAAACUAACAAGAUGAAGGUGAGCAGAGAGUUGUCAAACUAUAUCAUGUACCUUGUCUUCAAGUGUGAUGUGAUGCUUAGAAGCAGCUCCAAGCUCAUACAUAGCAACACCUGCAAGGAAAUCAAUGAAGCUGGAUCUUUUCCAUUUGAAACAUUUGAACGUAACCUAGAAAGGCGUCAACAAGCUGCUACAACAAUCCGCGUGGACAUUCCUAGUAGCAGCAACAACAAUGAGCCGAUAACUCAAGUGCAACUUUUGAAAAACAAUAUAAAGGCUCUUACUUGUCCGGUGUUGCCUCGUGCAUGUACAGUGGUGGGCGAGAUGGGUGGCAUGUCUGCAGAUGACCGCUGGGACCUCAUCGCGGAGGUAUGGCUAGAGAUGCUUUUCUACAUCGCACCUCGAUGUGGGUCGGCUUUCCAUGCCCAACAUCUAGGUACCGGUGGGGAGUUUGUGACGCAUGUCCUUCUGCUCAUGAAGUUACUAGGCCCUUUUCUACCACCGCCAGAUGCUUAAUUAGCUACCACUACGGCCAUGGUCACCAAGAUGUUUGAGCUCCAAGACACCCCCCGCUUCACUAGCUAGCGAGUGCCAGAUAAAUAAAGCUUGUGAGUUGUAUCUAUACUGUCUUCACUAGCAAGUGUGUUUCAUUCUGCAAAUAAGCUCGCGCACAAGCUCACGGUGUGUGUGAGACGUGCGCACUCUUUUGUAAUCGUAUCGGUGCAAAGCUCCGAGUGCCAUGGUUUUACAUACGUGAUCAUAGGACCAACGCACACUUGUUGCGAAUAUUUAAUUUAAUUUAAACC